AAUGAAGUUGUUAUUGAGAACAAAAUAACUUCUUGUGUCUGGCAGAUACCAGUAGUGCAAGUGGUGUUACUAUGUCGAUAUGCUAAUACUCUAUUCAAAUGCAGACUAUCCAUUGUUAAGAACCGAUGUUUCAGAUUUAUAAUACAGUUCAGCCUUUACCAUGCUGUGUAGAACAGUAACUUUCUUGCCUUCAAGCAUGUUAAACAACAACCGUUUCUUUUCCUGUAUUAUUUAAAAUGGUAACAGGUAAGUAGUGUAAUAACCGGUACGAGAUACUAAGCUCCAUCUGGACAAAAUGUACAGAAUAAAACCUGGUAAGGCCACAACAAAAGUAGUUCUCAGAAAGGAGUUUGAAUCAGUCUUCUGAGUAGGUGUACUUAGGACAGCAGUGCGUGUAUGUGUAUGUAAAUAGUGGCAGCUGUUCUCCGUGGGAGUGGUGUACAGUGCUGGGAGUGGCUGUACCUUUUCAUAAGCUUCAAUUAUUCCUUUUUUUUUCCUUCAAGGAGCACAGCCAGUUGUGUCGCGUAAGCUCUUCAGCCCUUUAAACUACAAGCAGUGGCCGCUGGGUGGAUAGCUUAAAGUGUCCAUAGCUUAAUAUCGCCUUGUUUAAACAACUCUGGAGACAGCUUUCAAGCUUAUAUAGUCUUGUUUGGCUCGGUUUUGGGGUAUUAAUUUAAGUACUGCUGAAAGGCACUAGGAAAAAAGGAGUGACUGGACUGGACUGCUCCCCCCUACCGUCCGUGCAGAGUGCGCUGUUCUUUUAUGUGCACCCCAUACCGCAGGGAGCGGAGCUGCAAAAGCUGCUGCUGCUUAUCAGUGCCGGUCGCGUGGCUUCUUUGUGUGCAGCAGCAGCAGCAGCUGCCGGAUGCAUGGGCAGUCUCUGCUGCUUGGCAUUGAGCAUUUAAAAAAUAGCAAGCCAAAACAAGUGCAGGGCGGGAGAAACAAAGAAAGAGAGAGAAAGCUACCUAUCCUGGAAAGGGAGUGCAGCCACUUUACGCCAAGUCCUUCGGGGUUUUUACAACUGGCCUCAGAUUGCUUUUGAAUGUUAAUGUGACUCAGAACAAAAAAAAAAAAAAAAAAGCUUUAUUCGAGUCCACUCGCCAGGCUUAAAGAUCAUGGAUGUACGGUUUUAUCCAGCCGGACCUGGCAACACUAUUCCUGGAGAUCCUUCCAGCCUGGACUUUUCCCAGUGUUUGGGCUACUACGGUUACAACAAGUUUGGAAGCAACAAUAAUUACAUGAACAUGGCCGAAGCAAAUAAUGCAUUUCUAGCAACAAAUGAGACAUUCCACACUCCUAGCCUAGGAGAUGAAGAAUUUGAGAUCCCACCAAUUACACCACCUCCAGAUUCGGAUGCUUCGUCUACUGGGAUGAAUGAAAUAGUUUUACCUUUUCAAGGCAUUAGUGAGUCAUUAACUUCUCAAAGGAAUGAGUUUACACCGCAAUUUCCUCCUCAAAGUUUAGACCUUCCUUCCAUCACAGUAUCUCGAAACAUUAUGGAGCAAGAAAGUGGCAGCCAUCAUGAUGGAAUGUCUGUGGAUCGCAGCCAGAUGCAAGCCUCUCACUUCCACCACGAUCCUUUGGUUAUGAGAUCCGUUGUCCAUAUUAAUGACAUCACACAUUCAAGAAUGAUGCCACCUUCUCCCCUGACCACUAUUAACCAGUCACAACUGAGUUUUCAGCUAGGACUAAGUUUAGGUGGUGGUAAUGUGCCUCAUACCUCCCCUUCUCCACCAGCCAGUAAAUCUGCAACCCCUUCUCCCUCCAGUUCAAUAAAUGAAGAGGAUACAGAAGAAACCAAUAAGGUGGCUGGGGAAAAAAGACCUGCCUCAGAUUCAGGAAAGAAGCCAAAGACUCCUAAAAAGAAGAAAAAGAAAGAUCCUAAUGAGCCCCAGAAACCCGUAUCAGCAUAUGCUUUGUUUUUCCGGGACACACAAGCUGCGAUUAAAGGCCAGAGUCCAAAUGCAACAUUUGGAGAGGUUUCUAAAAUAGUAGCAUCUAUGUGGGAUGGUCUAGGCGAAGAACAAAAGCAGAUGUAUAAAAGGAAGACUGAAGCUGCCAAAAAGGAAUACUUGAAAGCACUAGCUGCUUAUCGUGCAAGCCUCGUUUCCAAGGCUGCUGCAGAGUCCGCUGAAGCACAGACUAUACGAUCAGUUCAACAGACUUUGGCCUCCACCAAUCUUUCAUCAUCUCUUCUUCUAAACAGUUCACUUUCUCAGCAUGGAAAUAUCUCAGAGUCAACCCAAAGUCUUCAGCAAACUCUUCCAAGGGCAAUCGCUCCUAAGCCUUUAACAAUGAGACUACCUAAUAACCAAAUUGUGGCAUCAGUCACCAUUGCACCUAGUCUGCCAAAUGGAAUUACACCUUCCUUAAUAACAUCCAUGCCAGCGCCCAUGGUUACUGCAUCACCAUCUUCACAAAUGAGCCCCCCUGUACAGCCCCAGCAGCAUCAGAUUCAGCAACUGCAGCAGCAGCAACUGCAACAGAUGCAGCAACAGUUGCAUCAGCAGCAGCUGCAUCAGCAACAGAUACAGCAACAAAUGCAGCACCAGCAGUUUCAGCAUUACAUGCAACAACAAUUACAGAAACAGCAUCUGCAGCAGCAGAUUCAGCAGCAGCAGCUGCAGCAAUUUCAACAAAUACAGCUUCAACAAAUGCAGCAAAUGCAGCACCAGUCUCAGCCUUCACCACACCAACAUUCCCCAGCUGUGUCUCAGUCAGUUAUUGUCACGCAGAUAGCAUCACCUGUACCAACAAUUGCAAGCCCACAGCCAUCACCACAGCAGCACUCUUCUCAAGUACAGCCACAAACACAGACUCAAGUAUUGUCGCAGGUUAGUAUUUUCUAAGUAGGAACACUUCCGUUGACUGGAUUUGCACUUAUGGGCUAAUGUAAAUAUACUUGGAUGAUGUCCAGAAAAUAACGAGUGUUAUGCACAGAUGCAUAACAGGAAAAUGGUAAAUUUAAAGUGUCUAUUAGAUAGGCAAUACAGAACUACCAUGUAGCCGUGCAUCAACUUUUAGCUGAGUAUAAGACAUUUUGUCAAAUGUCAAAACUGUGAUAUUUGUCUACUGUAAAACCUUUUAAGUUAUUGAGAUUCUCUUGUGAGAUAACUUUAAUGUACUUUAAAGGACUAUGUACCUUGCUUCUGGAUCAGAUUUGACGAUGCUCUUUAAUUUCAAUAACAUACCUUACAAGAGUUAAAUAAGACCGACUCUGAAAACCUAAAUCUACCUACAUGAUCAGAAUACAAAGAUAAAAUGAAGGAAAAGGUUUUUUUAGUAUACACUGAAAGUGGUUAAGUCACUGUGUACCUUGAUUCAGAAAUAGGAUUUACAAGACAUUGAGACAUGGUUCUCAUGGUUUUGAGUAAUGUAAUAUACAAGAGUGGAAUAAAUAUAGACUAAAGAAAAUCAGGACUCAGUCUAAAGCAUAUGUUUCACUAACACAUCUCUGAAGUGAUUAAUGUAUAUGUAAUAAAGGAAAGUUCCAAACAUAAAGCUAAGAGGCUUGUGGGUCCUUAGGCUGUGUAAUAAUAUUAGUCAUUAUCACAAUGGGGCAGCAAUGCUUUGAACUGUAUAACCAGAUAAUGGCAUUAUUUAUCAAAAAUCUGUUACGAAUCACCAAAAACACUGAUGUUUUUUCAACUGUUCUUUUAAGAAAUUUUUUAAAGAAUCAGAGGGUCUGUGAAACUACUGCUAAAAUUAUUGUGUUCUCUCUCUCAUGUUUUCUAAAUUAUGAAUUAUUUUUAUUGUUUAAAAAGUAUUAACACUGUACCCAGUAAAAUGUCAAGAGUGUAUACUGUUACAGUGACAAGUUAAAGAAAAUGCUUUCCAUAUUUUUGUAUUUUUUCAAAGAUAAUAUGCUUAAAGGCAUUAUUCAGUAAGAAAACUGACAUCACAUUCAAUGCUACAAAGCAGAAAAUUCCCAAGCUUACCCCUUAAUGUAAAUAACUAUUUUAAAACUGUUUUCGUAUUGUUUGUUGUAAAGUUUUCAUAAAUGAAGCUUUAAUGUGAACAUGUUACAUGAAAUGCUAACAGCCACAUUCCAUACUGUAUUUUAUGUUAUUUUAUACUUUUAUGACUUCUAAUAGAAGCUGUUCUCUCAUUUGUAUUUCCGAAACAGAUUACCUGCUUUUACCUUGCUAGAGAAUAAAUAUAUUGCAUCAAAACUUGCUUCUGCUG